AUGGAUCUACAAGGCACAAAAGAAGCCCGAGCCCAGGAGGAGGGCGCUGAAGGUCCUCUAGAGGCAUAUGGUGCUGGAGGUGGUCGUUCCAAAGAGUAUCACAAGAACGAGGGGCGAGAUUCUCACAAUCAUGAUGACCGAUCUUCUAUUCAUCCUCUUCGUCGUCGCCGACAGCCCUUCGCCUAUCCCCAUGGAGCUCGACAAUCUGCACCGCCGGUACCAGCUGCUGUCACUCGGCUUCGGGAGCCCUCACCGUCCCCGGAGGCUAUCAGUAUACCCCAAGAGUUGGGACUAGGAUCCCGCGAUCUGCGCCUAUUACGCAAGGCUCGGCGAUCUCCACCGGUUACAAAGAAGACACUCAGCGAGCUUGAUCUGCCCUGUAUCAUGAGCAACAUCAACCUCCGUAUGGACGCCAACUUCGACCGCGACCUGCACUUCAAGCCUGACCUAGACGGAGAGAAGGGCCAACGCAAGCGGAAAGAAGCUGCCGAUUAUUGGGACUCUUUGGCUGCGGAGAUCAGUAUCUACUCUUACCAUGCUGCGACUGCCGAUGCCACCACCGAGGAAGUCGAGUCGAGUGAUGGUACUCGACGCACUUUCGAUCCCCGUUUGCCCGCCCUGUUCGAGACAUUGCAGGACGUCAUCAAGACCCUUGUUCCGGAACGGGAUCAUCCAACUAUAAUGCAGAACCUGGAAGUCCCAUUACUGAUGCAGCAAAUACGCAAAGGCGUUCUCGACAUGCUCACGCUGGCCAAAUGGCUGGCGAAACUUCUGAAAACACAUUGCGCUCCGAUGCGAGAUGAGUGGGCAGAUUCUAUGGUCGAGCAAAUCGAAAAGGGUUCACACUCCCAGGACCCCCGGGAGAUUGUCAACGGCCUGCGAACAUUAUUUUCGAUCCUAGAGGCGAUGAAGUUGGACGUCGCCAACCAUCAGAUCCGAGCAUUCCGCGUUCUCCUCAUCGAAGACACAGUCCCCUUCCUCCAAGAAUACUUCCAAGGCAAGAUGAACCGCGGCGGCUUCCAGGUUGAAACCGCCCGCCACUGGUACCUAUCUGUGCGCGAGCAAGCCCGUCGAGACGAUGCAAAUGCAGAAGCCCAAAAAACAACCCCAAUGCCAGAAACAGAAGACACUCUUAAACCCCUCGAAGCCCUGUUCCGCGGCAUCUCCGCCCAACUCCUCCAAUUCAGUCCGCCCGCCGACUUCCCCGAAACCUUCCUCUUUGACUCCGAGCGCCUCUGGCAACUCCGCUCAACAGUCCAAAACCUAAUCAACCUCGACAUCGCCUGGUACAUCUUCGAGUCCUACGUCAACAAGCACAAGCGGUAUCUCUCCACGCCAGAAGAAACCUACUCCACCUUCCGGUCACGCGUAUGGUCCCUAAUGGAAGACGGCAUGGACCUGGAGAACCGCGUCGCGGGGAACCCAGAAAACAACGACGAAGAUCCCGACCACCGCGGCGGAAAGCGCUGGACGCAAAAUAUGCGCUGUAUUGCACUGGAGAUUGCCCGCUUUGCCUGUGCCGCGCUGCAGCUCGACCCUGUCGUCGCGGACGAGGUCAUUGUUCCCAUCGAGGAAGCACUUGAGUGGCAUCUCUCGAAUGAGUCCGACCUCUUCGUCUUCUUCCAAAAUAGCAUGCGUAGCAAGAUCCUUGCUACCACCCUGGCGGCGGCCCGCAGAUUCUUGCCGCUGUCACCGUUGGCGAUCUGUGAGUCUCAGCGGGCUCCUCUGUCUGCUGCUUUGGGUCCUACCACGCCACAGACUGGGACUGCAGGUGCGUCUGGAUCAGUGAGCACUUCCUCGCUGGUGCUGACACCGCAACAGUCGGAUAUCGAGCGUAUCGGGAUGCGUCUUGCUCAUAUAGGUGUGCUGCAUUGGCGUGUUUGGGCUCCGUUGUUGUACCUCCGGGAUGAGAUUGCAAUGGUGGAGCUUGGGCAGCCAGCAUUGUGCCGCGAACGUCAAUGGCCCGUGCACCGAUCAGCAAUCCACCCUGAAGAAUUCCGAGAUCCCCCUUCCAAAGCCCAUGCAUCCAGCCUAAAAUUGCCGUUACAGGUCUUCCGCACAGCCAGACACGGAAAUCCGGUAUUUACCGUGCUCGUGAUUGUGCUUGUACCGGGAAGUCCAGACCCCGCACCCAAUGCCACCCUUGGCAAGCAAGUACAAACAAACACCCCAAUGCGUCUCACUGCAGCACUGUACUCCCCAACCCACCCUUGGCUUGCAUGUUUGAAAUCAGCACAAUUGCAGCGCCUCGCGCGCGCAACGGGCAUCCAAUCGUCUGGUACGAAGGGUGUUCUCAUUGAGCGCAUUGCAGCGGAGUUGACGUUGCAUUCACGGUCACAGGCGCAGUUGCAGUUGCAGUUGUCGGCUGCCGCGGAUGGUGUUGCAGAGGGUAUCACUAGUAGUCCCAAUGCCAACCCCAGUACUAGUGCUAGUGCCACCACCAGCCUAAGCCAAGAUCGACGGGUCGAUCUGCGGCUGGUGUCGACAAAAACUCGGUCAACCAAAACAAAACCCAAGAUCGGGACCGAGUCGACAGGCUUGUCGAAAUCAAAUCCAGCGCAACCAUGGAGCAUUCUCAGUAUCGAUAUGGGGGGUUCAGAACCUCGCAUUCGCGCAUCUGCGAGUGCCCCGCUCUGGGAUCCCAGGUGUCGGGAUAGAUGCGGCGAACCCUCAACUGCCAGAGUUAACGGCCUGGCACCGACUCGCUGUUUCGGAUAUAUCAAGUUUGAACCUAAUACCCGGGGAUAA